UUGUGGUCACGCUGCACAUGUAUUGUGGCGAUACAAACCCAACUUUUUUUUUAGCGUUGCUUAGCUAUUCAAUUAAAAAAAUGUCAUACUUACUUACGGAGAUUGCCUUAGAAAUGUUAGGCUAUAAAUUUUACGAUACGAAUGGAGAUUUUCAUUUAACGAACUUCCAGCAAUCAAUGACUGCUGUGAAAAGCGAUUUACAUUCUGAUGAGCCAUCCUUAAUGGAUUUUAUUCACCAGACAUCGAAUACCGAAUCCGAAUCGAGUCUAAUUUGUGGACAAAGCAAAGAUACGUAUGAACCGUCUUCUUUAGAUCCGUCAACUAAGUCGUUGAUAUCAGUUGAUGUACGGAGAGCACCUGCUCGAGCGUUGGCAAAGAUGAUGAAGCAUGAAAGUGGCAAAAUCUUCAAUGAUUUUACAAAAAGGAAUUCCAGAAAAUUCAGUAAUUCUGGUACUUCUGAAGCAAUAUCUAAUAUGACGGCAGUCCCAGCGACCAAGUCUCGUACUUCAGCCAAUGCAUUGUCUAACAUUUUGGACUACGAAAUCACAACUAUUCGAGGCCAAAUAUCACAACGCCUGGAAGCAUCUUUGCAGAAAAGCGUAACUUCAAACAAAGAAGUAUUUCACAGACAUUGCUGUUCAGUGGAAAAAAAUAGAAUUAUAGAGGACGCUAAUGGAAUGAAGAAGUUUCGAUUAAUUUUGGAAGAACGCUUGCGUCGAAUUGAUCCUCGUCCAUAUGCAACAUACAAAAGAACAUUUGGAUUAGAAUAGUUGAAAUCAAUAAGAGUAAUAUGUAUUCCUCAAAACAUUUAACAUUUUGUGUAAUUUGACUAUUAAAUAUUAUCAAUGUAUUUUCUAGCCUUAUUUUCAGUGCAACUGGUCACACUGUUGGAAGUGCAUAAUAAUACUUGUCACAUAACGGCUUGUUCUCCAUACACAAAAUAAGAAAUUGCUCAUAUCAGGGGUGCCACGAAAAUCUCACAAACGAGACCAUAGGUGCUCCAAAAUCUUAAGAUAUUUUAAUGUUCCGAGUGUUUUGUCUGUCUAAUAAGCAAAACAUGAACGGCAAAAAAAAAAUGGUUGCCCUUCUUCAAAAACAUGUUUUAAAACAAACUAUCGAAUCUGUCUUUAUUUUCAGUGUCAAA